AUGUCUAUUUCUUCUAUAUUCACCAAGACUUAUGUCUUGCCACAGCCUCCAUCUUCCAUGAACGAAGAUUCCAAGGAGAAUAUAAAGGCGAUCUCACCUGCAACUCGCCCACCUGCAACACAAGCGACCCAGCAGCCACCGUCACCAGCAGUGCUCGUCGGUCCCCGUUUGGGACUCCCUUCAAGCAUCGUUGCCCCUGGACCACCUGUCGACACCCAACAACUGCCUCACAACUUCAAGCAAAUCAGCUUGCAAAUCCAGUCGUUGGCCGCCUUCAACCCAACAAAUCGACGUCAUCACAAGUCGCUGCUCCAACCUCCAUCGCCAGUCGAUGUAUUUCUGGCGAAGACCACCAAAUCUCUCAUCGUCCAUUAUCAGAGCUUCAAUUAA